GCAAAUGAUGAGAAGCAUCGAAAGUGUCCCCACCACCCCCGGAUGUAAUGCGCUUACCUUAUAUACUCGGUGGCAACUACACACUGGACAUAUCGCGAACACAUGUACAUGAGGAUGUGUGAUAAAAUGAUGUUGCGGUCAUUGAUGUUAAUCGCGGUUGUCGGAAGUACAGUGGCACGCCCGGAACCUCCCAGGUCUUACGGUCCUCCGGCUACCUCGUACGGAGUCCCAGCGCCGCAGUACGGACCUCCACAGCAACCGAUUGUUCAUAAACACGUCUAUGUACACGUGCCGCCGCCAGACAAUGAACCACCAGCUCCAGCCAAGCAGAUCUAUGUGCCACCUCCGCAGAAACAUUACAAGAUAGUCUUCAUCAAGGCACCUACGCCACCAACACCCACAGCUCCGGUUAUCCCAGUUCAGCCGCAGAAUGAAGAAAAGACUCUUGUAUACGUGCUGGUGAAGAAGCCUGAUGAACAACCUGAUAUUGUGAUUCCAACUCCAGCGCCCACGCAACCCUCUAAGCCGGAAGUAUAUUUCAUCAGAUAUAAAACACAGAAACAGGAAGGUUACCCCGACGCAGUUCCACCCGCGCCUCAAUAUGGAGCCCCAGCAUCAGCCCCUUCAUCAUCAUACGGUGCCCCUUAAUUACCUAAACACGAAUAGUAUAAUCGAGUUAUAACCAAAAAUUACUUAAAGAUGCGUGCUUGGUCUAAUAAAGGCCUUAUCGUCCACAUGAAGGUACACCGUAGAUCUAAAAAACAACCCAACAAACUGCCUUAAUUCAAAAAGACGUAAACCGUUGCAGACAGUCGGACAGAAAACAGAAACUAUACAAAAAUAAACUAAAUUCAUAUGCGUAAUUUUACGGUGUAUCACGAUUCCCAACCUUUUUCUUUUUUAAUAACAUUUGGCAAAGAGGAUGUAAAUACUACGUAAUGAGAGGCGGGAUUGCCUAAAUUAAAAUUGAAAUUUAGUUUAGUAUGAAACGAGCAGUGAUUUGACAUAAGUUUGAAUUAGUACUUAUUGCAGUAUGGCGAUCGGCGACGAAGUAUAAUCCGGCUAAGUUUGAAAACGAACUUAAAACCUAGUGGAUUUCGGCUAUCUCCGUUUUUUUCAAGAUUAUAGCCGUCAUCUGUCAAUCUAUCAAUGACUGCAUUUCAUACAAUCGAGUGAAUCGCUUUUUUCUUAGAGAUGUAGUUUCGAGUUUUCAAGACUUUAACAACACUGCGGAUUUUAACUGCGAAUUUAUAACAAUGAAAUGUUGUCAAACAUUUAUGUCAACAUUGCGUAGACAUCUACAGGCACUGGCUUACUGUAAACAAACUGUGAAGAUUUAGAACACCUCAAUUAUUCAAAUGAUUUCAUUUUUCUUUAGUGUUAAUUCCGCCAAUAUAUAUCUUUAAACAAUUCGACACGUGUUUCGCCUCUACACUAGGCUCAAAGACCUAGUCUCGUGCCAGAUUUUGGCGACCCAACAUGUCGUGAGGAUGCGAAACGCGUGUCGAAUUGUUUAAAGACAAAUAUUGGCGGAAUUAACACUAAAGAAAAAUCAACUCAUUUGAAUAAUUAUGGAUUUCCACAACGUAACGCCUACUUCAAUAAAUUUUCACCUCAAUUAUGUUUAAAUAGAUGGAUUUAUUGAGCGUAAUAGUGACCAGCAUUGCAUCUUUAUUUUAUUGUUAUUUACAUCAAAUUGAUGUGGAUUUGUAAAUAAUUUUUAUACGUAUCAUUAAAAGUUAUAAUAAAUA